CACCUGCCACGGCGAGGAUGUUCGUCAUGGUAACCAGAUUAAUCCGCGUUAUUAUUUCGUCCCAUGUUUUACUCUCAAUUUUGACCAAAAACUCAAUCUCCAGUACAAACAGUACAAAAUAACUGCACUAGUUUAGGGUUGUACUCUGUUACACGCGUUCAAACAAGGAGAAUUAUGACCAUGAAUCUUGAACUUCGUUGUUGGCGACGGCAUGGCGGUGUGAUUUGGUCGUUCGGUAAACAACAACGCACCUGUGCUGUCAACCUCAUGAUCAUUUUUGUUCAAAAAACAUCUUUCAAACUGCAAUAACAGGUUCAACAACAUGUCAAGAUCGGCGGGAACACUUAUAACAACACACAAUGCAACAUUUAUCCCACCGAGGCUGAUGCCAGGGUAUAAGGGUCACUGCCCAACAAUCAAAUUUGACUAUGGGGAAACCUAUGGCCAUGCAACAGCAAAAUAUUUCCAAGAUUACAGAUCAGCUACAUUGAACAGCUCAAAGAGUACAUAUGCUGAGGGUGGCCAGUUCCCAACUUACUACACGCAUGAUCCAACACUUGUAAUAAGCAACAGGACGAGGACAAGAGAUCGCUUCUUGUGUGCACCCAAGUAUCAACUCAACAAUGUCGACCAUGACAGAGUGCAGGAACUCAACCAGUUUGAUGAGCUGUCUCAGGCCCAUCGGGAGUACUAUAAAGACAAGAGCAGUAUGGUGGGACGAGUCGAUGCAUUUGUUAUUCCAACAAAAGCUGAGGAUCAGUUUAAGAAACAUAUACCUUUCUUGAUCCUUUCAACCAAAUACAAAAAUGAUGUGCACUUACCCAAGCUUGAUGGGAUCAUCAGGAGAUCUCAACCCAUCCCAAAGAGUGUGUCAACAUCAAAAAUGUCUGUAAGGGAUAGAGCCAUGAGAGAUGUGCACUUUGAGAAGCGUUAGGAGCCCGACCAUGAAGAAAAGUAACGUUCACACCAAACUAAAUCCUUUAUGUACACUGUGAUAUCGACGGCAUUUCCAUAGUUUUGUAACAUGAACAAAGAAAUUAUUGUAGAAAUAUACCGGUGAAUAAUAGGGAUGUAGACCCUUCAUCAAGACCGUUUUCAUUUUAGUGAUAUUUCUUAUGGAUGUACAUGUAUAGACAUAGAGUAGACACUUUUUCAGAUACAUAUACUUAUUGGAUGUGUUGAUUUGCAGAGGGAUAGAACAUGAAAGGUUAAUGACGAAUUCUAUCCUUGCUUUUGCAUUAUGAUCAUGUAUGUACUGACCUAGCUUCUUCACCAUGCAUUAUGAUCAUGUAUGUACUGACCUUCUUCACCAUGCAUUAUGAUCAUGUAUAUACUGACCUUCUUCACCAUGCAUUAUGAUCAUGUAUGUACUGACCUUCUUCACCAUGCAUUAUGAUCAUGUAUGUACUGACCUUCUUCACCAUGCAUUAUGAUCAUGUAUGUACUGACCUUCUUCACCUUUUGUUGUAUUGUUGUAUAAACUAACUGGAUGAUUUGACAAUUGUGACCUUUUGUAAUGAAGGCAGUACAGCUGAUAAAGAAACAGAUUAACCAGGGUGCGAAAUGAAUUUACCCUGCAUUUAAAUGGAAAAUGCCUUAUGCUUGGCUUUUUACCUUGUAGGUUUACUAACUAUUUUUUG